AUGGUAUCCGGAUCUGCAAUCAGCAAGCGGCACAUCGUGGUGGAUGCGCGCCACCACAUGCUCGGUCGCCUUGCUUCUAUAAUUGCGAAAGAGCUCCUCAAUGGACAGCACAUCGUGGUCGUCCGCUGCGAGGAGAUUUGCAUGUCAGGAGGACUCGUUAGGCAGAAGAUGAAGUUUUUGCGAUUCCUCCGCAAGCGCAUGAACACUAAGCCUUCGCAUGGACCGAUCCACUUCCGCGCCCCAGCUAAGAUCCUAUGGCGCACUAUCCGCGGGAUGAUUCCGCAUAAGACUAAGAGAGGAGCUGCAGCUUUGGCGAGGCUCAAGGCCUACGAAGGUAUACCUCCGCCUUAUGACAAGAAGAAGCGGAUGGUGAUCCCUGAUGCACUGAAGGUUUUGAGGCUCCAAGCAGGUCACAAGUACUGCCUUUUGGGUAAGCUUUCUAGUGAAGUCGGAUGGGGCUACUAUGAUACCAUCAAGGAGUUGGAAGAGAAGAGGAAGCAGCGGGCAAAGGUUGCAUACGAGAGGAAGAAGCAGUUGGGAAAGCUGCGGCUCAAGGCUGAGAAAACAGCUGAAGAGAAACUCGGUUCUGAACUUGAAAUCCUAGCCCCAAUCAAGUAUUGAAUAGAGUUCUUUCUACUGGAUUCCAGUUUUGUCAGUUAUGUUAAAUGAAACUUUGUUUAUUGAACCAUUCCAUAUCCUUAGCUUCUUUAAUGAGCGUCUGUACCUGCGUUUGUUUUCUGUUUGAGCUCAACAAAUUUUAUCUAUUUUUAGAUCAAACAAUUAGAAUUUUCCUUAUCGAACCAUUCUAAUGAAGGUUCUCACAUUCUUUUGCGUUA